GAGGUUACAGCUUCAUCGUGUCAAACACAUAGAGGGAGCUUGAUUUAAGGAUCGUAAGGAGUGACACCCGAAACAUGAAUCGUCGACUGACUUAGACUGCCUCUCGGCCAGGGAAGCUCUCUCCAUCUGAUCACAGGGAGAUGGGGACGAUCUUCCCGCCCCAAGGGUUGCAUUCCACUUCCCUUCUCCCGAUCUGACUUCCCCGUCCGAUCCCUGAACUCCCGCCAUGGCCAAUUUCCUCGCCCAAUUCCAAACCAUCAAGAGCUCCUGCGAUCGCCUCGUUGUUGCAAUCGAGGAUGUGAGUGAUCUUUGGCCGGUGGUAAAGGACUCUUUCGAGGAGAAGUUGCCCCUCAAGAAGGCAUGCCUCAACAACAAGACUCGGAACCCUAUCUUCGUCGACAAAUUGCCGGUGGAGUAUAUACUUACCACCGACGCCCGCCUUCGCAGCCGGUUCCCGCAGGAGCAGUACCUUUUCUGGUUCCGCGAACCCUACGCCACUAUCAUUCUUGUUACCUGCGAGGAUCUUGAUGAAUUCAAGAAUAUCCUCAGAAACCGGCUAAAAUUAAUCGUUCAAAAUGAUGACCGGGAGUGGUUUAUUGUAUUUGUCUCCAAAGCAUACCCUAGCAAUGAUCAAGCAACCAAGUUGGUGAAGAAAAUAUAUGCCAAACUUGAAGUUGAAUUUAACACAAAAAAAAGAGAAAGGUGUUGUAAAUUGGAUUUGCAGGGAAGUGAUACAGAUUUCUGGGCAGAUUUCGAGUACAAAUUGGUUGAUUCCAUUAGAAAUACAAUGGACAGACGCACUCAAUUUUAUGAGGAUGAGAUCCGCAAACUUAGUGAAAACCGUCUUAUGCCUGUUUGGAAUUUCUGUAACUUUUUCAUUUUGAAGGAGAGCUUAGCUUUCAUGUUUGAGAUGGCUCAUCUCCAUGAAGAUUCAUUGCGCGAAUACGAUGAAUUAGAACUUUGCUACCUGGAGACAGUAAAUACUCCUAACAGUAAACAGAAAGAUUUUGGUGGCAUGGACAAAGGUGACGACCAGGCUGCGAUCCUAAAGCCAAGUUGCAAGCCCUUAUCUGACAUCGUAUUGGAUGAUACAUUUAGGGAAUUUGAGUUUCGGCAGUAUCUUUUUGCCUGCCAGUCUAAGCUUUUGUUCAAGUUAAAUCGACCGGUUGAGGUUGCAACAAGGGGUUAUUCAUUUAUUAUUAGUUUUUCAAAGGCAUUAUCACUACAUGAAAAUAACCUGCCCUUCUGUUUGAGGGAAGUGUGGGUGAUAACUGCUUGCCUUGCUUUGAUUAAUGAGACCGCCCCCCGUUAUGAUAGUGGACUUGUUGCACCUGAUGUGGAGAAGGAAUUCUAUCGCGUCCAAGGUGAUCUUUACUCACUUAGUCGGGUCAAGUUCAUGAGGUUGGCAUGUUUGAUAGGUUAUGGAAUGGAGAUAGAAAGAAGCCCUGCUAAUAGUGCCUCUUUGAGCUUGUUGCCCUGGCCUAAACCUGCUACUUGGCCGUUAGUUCCUUCAGACACUUCGCAUUUGGUACUUGAGAAGGAAAAGAUGCUUGAACCAAAUCCAAGAGUCAAGCCUUUUGGAAUUCAGAAGAAGCUGUUACCUCUUGAACCUUCGGUGCUUCUUCGUGAAGCAAAUCGACGUAGGGCAUCACUUUCAGCAGGAAACAUAUAUGAUCUUUUUGAUGGCCAUCAAAAUCUGAUUGUGAAGGAUGGACAGCUAAUGUGUGGCAGCCCAGCUUCAGAUGGUAUAUCAAUGACAUCUCCGCUAAAUAAAGCCCAAAAACCUUCCAUGUCCAGAGUCAGUUCAGGACCUGGAAAUGUUGAAUCAUCUUUAUCUAGAGUUCAUGUUGAUCGUCCUAUGAAGCUUUCAGAAGUCUAUGUUGCUGCAGAACAUGCUUUGCAUUGUACAAUAUCUGAUUCUGAUCUUUGGGAAUCCCUUUCAUCAGUUAAAAAUUUUGAGAAAAAAUAUCUGGAGCUGACAAAAGGUGCAGCUGAUAAUUAUCAUCUUUCAUGGUGGAAAAGGCAUGGAGUUGUCCUUGACGGUGAGAUUGCAGCUCUUGCUUUUAGGCAUGGGAAUUUUGAUCUUGCUGCCAAGUCAUAUGAGAAGGUCUGUGCACUUUAUGCUGGUGAAGGGUGGCAUGAUCUUUUGGCAGAAGUUCUUCCUAAUUUAGCCGAGUGUCAGAAGCAACUCAAUGAUCAAGCUGGCUAUCUUUCUUCCUGCGUCAGAUUGCUUUCUUUAGAAAGAAGCCUAUUUUUAACUAAGGAGCGUGAGGCUUUCCAAUCAGAGGUCGUGCGCCUUGCUCACAGCGAAAUGAAGCAUCCAGUUCCUUUAGAUGUGUCAUCAUUAAUUACAUUUUCAGGAAAUCCAGGGCCACCGCUGGAGUUGUGUGAUGGAGAUCCUGGAACACUGUCAGUGACAGUAUGGAGUGGAUUUCCUGAUGAUAUUUCUCUUGAAUCACUAAGUCUCACUCUCAUAGCAACAUUUAGUGCAGAUGAAGGUGUCAAGGCAAUCAAGAGCUCUGAUUCACCUAUACUAAAGCCUGGAAAAAAUAAUGUUACACUUCUCGUACCACCCCAGCACCCAGGGUCGUACGUGUUGGGUGUUUUAACUGGACAGAUAGGACAGUUGCGGUUUAGAUCACAUAGCUUCUCAAAAGGUGAUCUUCCCGAUAGUGAUGAUUUUAUGAGCUAUGAGAAACCUACUCGGCCAGUUUUAAAGGUUUCCAAGCCAAGACCUUUGGUUGAUGUUGCAGCAGCUGUUUCAUCUGCUUUAUUAAUGAAUGAAACUCAGUGGGUUGGCUUAGUUAUAAGGCCUAUUAACUAUUCCCUUAAAGGUGCUAUCUUACACAUAGAAACUGGUCCAGGCCUAUGUAUUGAUGAAACAUGCAUGGUUGAGAUGGAGGCAGAUCAGAAGGCAUUUCAUGGCUCCGAACAGUCAACAAUGUCAGAAGUUACCUCUGAAGAUAGUGUUUCUCCGAAUGCAAGUGGAUGCUCAAAAUUAGUACUUAAAAAUGGUGAAUUGCAAUUGCCGGACUGGGCAAGCAAUAUAACCUCUAUCUUAUGGUUCCCCGUCCGUGCUGUUGAUGACCAACUACCACAAGGAACUUAUUCAGUUGUCCCCCAGAUGCAGAGUGUUGUUGAUGGAAUGAGGACAAUUGCAUUGAAGCUCGAGUUUGGGACUACCCAUAACCAGACAUUUGAAAGGACUAUAGCCGUACAUUUUACUGACCCUUUUCACGUGAGUGUCCGUGUUGCUGAUCAAUGCAAUGAUGGUACGGUGAUUUUGCAGGUAAUUUUACAUUCACAAGUGAAGGGAACAGUGACGGUCUAUGAUGCAUGGCUAGAACUUCAAGAUGGCUUCAUUCAUGUGGGAAAGUUUGAUGGACGACCAGUAUCAGAGUUCUUUCCACUUGUCAUCUGCUCAUCAUCUAGAGCUGGACUCAUGUUCUGCAUCAGAUCAGAAUGCAUCUCUCCUAUAGAUGACCAGAAGCUACCUAAAUCUGAUAGCAUACUGAAUGUAAGGUACGACAUUGCCGGUAAUAGAGCAAUCGGUGCACAUCUACCUAUGGUGCUAGAUCAUGCUGAUUUUGAGAAAACCUGUGAGAAGGAGCAGCUACUUUUCAAGUGUGCACUUGCCUUACAAAGGCCAGUUCUUGAUCCAUGCCUUGCUGUUGGUUUUCUACCUUUUCCUUCCAAGAGCCUGAGAGUUGGGCAAUUGGUCAACAUGAAAUGGAGAAUAGAAAGAUUGAAGAACAUUGAGAAGAGUCCAUCUUGCUCUAAUAAUGAUGAGGUGUUAUAUGAAGUUAAUGCAAAUCCAGAAAACUGGAUGAUUGCUGGGAGGAAGCGCGGCCAUGUAUCAUUAUCACUGAAUCAAGGUUCCCGGUUAGUAAUCACCAUCGUAUGCAUGCCAUUGGCAGCAGGAUAUGUCCGACCUCCACAUCUUACUUUGCCAAGCAUUGAUGUGGCUAAUAUCAGUUGCAAUCCAGCUGGGCCUCACCUGGUUUGUGUGUUGCCUCCAGCUCUCAGUUCCUCAUUUUGCAUACCAUCAUAAACCUGCAGCCUCUGUGGAGAUAAUGUAGCUGUUUUUUCCCAAGAAGUUUUUCCAUGUACAUGAUUCAUUAGUUUGUUUUUUCUUAAAAUUUGUUGGACCAUAAGCAGCCAAUGCUGGACCUUUUGCAUUUUCAAGGAAUUUUAAUUAGUUUUCAAGCGUUGUAAUCUUCAUGUAAAGUACGUCGACGCAAUUAUACAUGAGAAACUUGUAGAGAGGUUUCGCA